AUGGCGUCUAUUGAUACCUCGUCACUUGCUGACUUGAGCAAAGAAUAUGAUUAUAUUGUUGUUGGCGGCGGCACAUCGGGCUUGGUGGUAGCCAGUCGAUUGACUGAGGACCCCUCAUGCAGUGUCCUCGUUCUGGAAGCAGGAAAGAACCAGGUUGAUGAUCCGCGAAUUGCAGCUCCUGGUCUGGCAGCGACAAUUUAUUCUGACCCAGAGUUCGACUGGUGCAUUACCAGCACACCCCAGGAAAACCUCAAUGGACGACCCCUUUCCCAGCCUCGCGGGCGCACACUUGGUGGCUCCUCAGCUAUCAACCUUGGCAUGGCCAUCUACCCCAGUCAGACUGAUAUCAACCUUUGGGAGAAGCUUGGCAAUGACGGUUGGAACUGGGAGUCAUUAUCACCAUAUUUGAAGAAGUCGCAAACCUUUACCCCACCAUCUGCUGAGAUCCAGGAGCAACUAUCGUUGGAUUAUAUUGAUCGGUCGGUUCAGGGUGACUCGGGUCCAGUUCAAAUUUCUUUUGGAGAGGGGCCGUUCCCGUCGUUUAUUGGAGCAUGGCCCAAGGUAUUCCAGACCCUCAAUCACCAAAUCAGCGGAGAUCCAAUGUCGGGAGUAGCCAGAGGUGCUUUUUGCAAUCCAGCCACUAUCAAUCCCACUAGCAGAACCCGCAGUCAUGCUGGCGUGACGUACUACAACCCCGAAGUGGCGAAGCGAUCCAACUUGAGGGUCGUUACCGAAGCUUAUGUGCAAAAGGUUAUUUUAGAGAAGGAUGAUACACCGGAUGCCAAGGCUACCGGCGUUCAAUUUACCGGCAAGGAUGGCAUCGAGCGAAUUAUUUCGGUUAAGCGGGAGAUUGUUAUGGCUGCUGGCGCGAUCAAGACCCCCCAUAUCCUCGAGCUAUCUGGUGUUGGUGACGGUGCCCUUCUUCGAUCCCACGGUAUCGAGCCCAUUGUCGAGAACCCCAAUGUUGGAGAAAACCUCCAGGAGCAUGGCCUUGUGUCAUUUAGCUGGGAAGUUGCCGAAGGCCAGAUGACUGGUGAGGCUCUCCGAAUCCCCGAGAUUGCAGGUGCAGCCAUGGCAGCCUGGCAAGAAUCCGGAGCUGGACCACUCGGUCUCUGUCCACUAGCAUCUGCAUACAUGACUCUCCCAGAGCUAGCAGAUGGCGAGUUACAAAAGCUCUUGGACGAAAACCUCCAAGAUCAAAACUUAUCACCGGGAUUGAAAGCCCAAUAUCAACUACUGCGAAAAAUGUUGGAGGAUGAGAUUGAGCCUAGCGGACAGUAUACUUUGGCGCCAUUCCAAAUCCUGCCCGAAAAGGGACCCAGCCCGAAGGGCAUCUUUGGCAUGACAGAGCCAGAGAACUUCGUCAGUAUCGUCUCCGUACUCAACCGACCUUUCUCUCGCGGAAACGUGCAUCUCACUUCCUCGGAUGCGAAAGAAAACCCCCAAUUCGAUCCUGGCUUUUUCUCACACCCUCUCGAUCUGGAGCUUCACGCGCGCCAUGUUCGUUGGCUGGAGACGCUUGCUUGGACCGAGCCUAUGGCUGCGCUCUUGAAGCCUGAUGGUCGGCGUUUGCAGAAAUCAUCUCGCGACAUAACUCUUGAGACCGCCCGCGAACUGACCCGUGAUAGGAUUAUCUGCCAUUACCACGUAGCGGGCUCUACUGCCAUGAUGCCUCGUGAAAUGGGUGGUGUUGUGGACUCCAAGCUGAAGGUUUACGGCAUUAAGAACCUACGGGUGGUGGAUGCUGGUAUCUUCCCUUUGAUCCCUCGUGGAAAUAUUCAGACUACGGUCUUUGCAGUUGCAGAGAAGGCUGCCGCAAUUAUUGCUGCCGAUGCAAAGCUUUGA